AUGUCUCAGAGGAGUAAAUCAUCCACCAGUCAAAAUUCCUCCUCCGGUUCCUCAUCAGAUCCUCCAUUACGCUCGAGUUUGAAAAGCAGCACUAAAGACCCCAAAGCUGGAAAUCAGAAAAGAAAAAUCAGCCAGAGCUCCGUCACGGCGUACACGUCCUUCCUGAACACGCUGUUCGGACAGGAUAGAAAGCUGAUGCCAGAGGAGCUGGAUGAGCUGCAGCUAGCCUUUAAGGAGUUCGAUUACGAUCAGGACGGAUAUCUGCACUAUAAAGAUGUAGCAGACUGCAUGAGGACGAUGGGGUACAUGCCCACAGAGAUGGAGCUGAUCGAGAUCAUCCAGCAGAUCAAGAUGAAAUGGGGCGGUCAUGUAGAUUUCGAUGAUUUCUGUGAGCUCAUGGGUCCGAGGAUGCUGAUGGAGACGGCUCACAUGGUGGGCAUGCGGGAGCUGCACUGUGCUUUCAAACAGUUUGACUGUAAUGGAGAUGGAAGGAUCAGCUAUGAGGAGCUGAAGGAGUCGAUGAAGACACUGCUGGGUGAGAAGCUGAAGAAAGGGGAGCUGGAGGAGAUCCUGUCUGACAUCGACCUCAAUGGAGACGGAACUGUGGACUUUGAUGAGUUCGUGAUGAUGCUCUCAGCUCGGUGAGAUCCUUCUGCAGUUUCAGCGAAGUUUCAGCAUGAAAUUCACCUCAUUAUUAAAUAUUUUCUUUUUAAAACAUUUAAUAUAUUCAUGUUAUAUGUAAAAUUAUUAUAAAUAUAAGAGCACUAUUUGCAUUGAUUUCAAAUCAGUGUACAGAAUUAUACAAAUGUGGCAUUUUAAAUAAAGUAAAAUUAAAUGUUUUUAAAAAUUGUUUUCUUUUUUAAAUUGUCUUUUUUAUUAUUAAUUACUAUGAAUACUAUUUAAAACCAUAACGUACACUGAAAUGUCUGAAUGCUCUUCGUGUGUGUGUGUGUGUGUGUGUGUGUGUGUGUGUGUGUGUGUGUGUAGCGCCCCCUGCUGAACGAGGUCAGUUGUGCCUUAUUGACGCAAUGGGACUAAGAAUAUUUUUUAGU